UUGAAGUGAGGAUGAAUAAUAUGGGUGGUAAGAAGAGGAUUUGUGAUGAAGGGGAAGGUGUGUGGUUGGGCAGUAGUGGGCUGAUCAUGAUGAUUUUAGUGGUGCAAUGCUUAACAAGUAUUGGGUCAGUGUCAGCAGCAGCGCAGAUUCCAGCAAUGUUUAUUUUUGGGGACUCAUUGAUUGAUGUUGGCAACAACAACUACCUUGGCUCCCUUGCAAAAUCCAAUUAUUAUCCUUAUGGCUGCGAUUUCAGGGCAGGCCCUACUGGCAGAUUCUCUAAUGGAAGAACUGUUGUCGAUAUGCUUGGAAAUUUGCUGGGUCUUCCAUAUGUUCCACCCUUUGCAGAUCCUAAUACAACAGGAACCAGAAUACUUUGGGGAGUAAAUUAUGCUUCCGCAGCUGCAGGCAUACUUGAUGAGACAGGCCAACACUUUGGACAGCGGUAUAGCCUUAGCCAGCAAGUGCUGAAUUUUGAGACCACCUUGGAUCAGUUAAGACGGAUGAUGAGUGGAGCUAACAUGACCCAGUACUUGGCUAAGUCCAUAGCAGUUUUGGAGUUUGGAAGCAAUGACUACAUCAACAACUACCUCUUGCCUUCCCUCUAUUCUUCCAGCUACAUUUACACUCCUCCUGCCUUUGCCAACCUUCUCCUUAAUCGCUAUACUCAACAGAUUCUGGCAUUGCAUAGCUUAGGAUUAAGGAAGUUUAUGCUAGCAGGAAUUGGGCCAUUGGGGUGCAUCCCUAACCAAAGAGCCUCGGCCCAGCCCGGAAGGUGUAUGGAUUAUGUGAAUCAGAUCCUUGGUAGCUUCAAUGAAGGGCUUAGAUCACUGGCCAACCAACUCAACACCAACCAUCCUGGAGCCAUCUUUGUCUACGCCAAUACUUAUGCUGCCUUUGGUGACAUGCUUAACAAUCCUGCCCUUUAUGGGUUCAGUGUGAUUGAUAGAGGGUGCUGUGGAAUUGGGAGGAACAGAGGGCAGAUAACAUGUCUUCCAUAUUUGGUUCCAUGUGCAAAUAGAAAUCAGUACAUUUUUUGGGAUGCCUACCACCCAACUGAAGCUGCAAAUGCCGUCCUUGCUUGGCGGGCUUUUAACGGCCCACCCUCUGAUUGCUACCCAAUCAACGUCCAACAAAUGGCUCUCAUCUGAUCACCAUACUUAUCAUUUUUUCUUCUAAACCCUUUAUUUAGAUUGAUGUUUUCCAAGAAUCAGAUGCCACUUGAGCAUCGUUAGUGCUGUCUUAUAAGUAUGAUUUGUUUGAAUUGAACCCAAAAUUCAAU